AUGUCGUCGGUCCCACGCUCGCCAAAUCCCGCGCUGACCUACCCACGGACCUUGAGUCGCGGCUUCAGAAGGCGUGGCUCCAAUCCCAAAUUCCCGAUGCUAGUUCGCUUCGACGGCCGCUUGCGGGAACACCGACGGCGGCGGAUGGAAUUUCCCCGUCCACCAUCCGCCCGAAACGGACGCGCUCCCCCGAAAGACCCUCCCGCGAGGGUGGAAACCUCGCGCAGUCCCUGCAGCAGCUUUGGAAAAGAACCCACACCCACGGCGGUGGCUCGGGAAGCCCGCGGAGUUCCCCAUUUCCGGCUGGUGCGGCAGCGUUUGGGGUCCAGACCUGAAGGGCAAGCAGGUUCGGAUCCCCGUGCUAGGUUCGGUAACAGGCUCGGGGUGACUGGGAGGGAUGCGGGGUCGUCGCCGUCGGAGUCAGUGGGCACUGCCGUGUCUGGCGUACAGGUUCGGAACGAGGCUCGGCAGGGUUCGGGGACGUCAGGCUCACCAUCAGGCUCGGCGCCAGGCUUGGCGGCAGGCUUGGAAGAAGUAACAUUCGAUUCUCUGGUUCAAGAAUUGCUGGGUAGCAACCCGAACGUGAUGGAUUCGGGCGCCGGAUUGGGCCUCGGUGCGGAGGAUUUAAAAGGGGUGAAGACAGAUUCUGGUGUAGGCGCGGUUGGGAGCGGUGGCAGCGACCUUGGGAUUGCCGAGUUGGGACUGGAUGGAGGGUCAGGAUGGGCGGAUCUGGGUGUGGAGGAGUUUCUGCGUGGUUUAGAUGGGUUGGACAACGCGUUUGUAGAGCUGGAAGAUAUGUUCCCUGUGGCGCUUGCCCCUACUCCCCCCCCUGCUGCUCUUACUUCCGCUCCAUCUGCUGCUGAUGGUGGCGGUGCUGGUGGUGGUGGUGGUGGUGGAAACGCGUCUGACGAUAUGGUGGUGGAUGGGCUGAUUGCUAGGGUCGCCGGGACUCCGCCGAAGCACUCCCCGAACCUGUUUGAGAGUCACGGGUUUGCAGCUCUAGAAGGGGAUGUGAGGGGGGAGUUACCAGGUGCAGGGGAGACAAUGGGAGGUACGGGAAUCGUUGGUGGUGGUGGUGAAGCAUUUGGGGGGUUCUCGUCACAGGAAGGAGGGCCGUUACUGGAACAAGGAGGGCCGUUUCUGGAGCAGGGAGGGGCGUUUUCAGAGGGGGCACAGCCGUUUGAGCAGAGGCAAGAGGCGGGGGAGUUGAUGCCAGGCGAAGCUGCUCUGAUCUCCAGUCGGGGGACGGUUUUCAUGCCAGGGGGAUCCACUGGGCUGGUGGUCCCUCCUCCGGCCUAUAGGGAGGGUGUGCCUGCACCGGUUUCUCCCCCGAAUGUCGACUGCAACCGCACACUGCUGGAGUCAUUUCAGGUGCUGGUGAAUGCAACGCCCUUUCUGACUUUUGGUCAAGUCGCAGCCAACAGCGCCAUUCUCGAAGCGCUAGCGGACGAGCCUCGGGUGCACAUCAUCGACUUUGGCAUCGGCCACGCCCUGCAGUGGCCGGCUCUCCUGCAGGCGCUGGGUGCAAGGCCAGGGGGGCCGCCUCACGUACGCGUGACGGGCAUCGAGGUGCCUCAGUGCGGGGCCAUGUCGCCGUAUUGUGCCAUGAAGGCAGGGAAGCGACUGGAGGCAGCAGCAGCCAUGUGGGGGGUACCCCUCCAAUACCACUGGGUGAUGUCUCGCCUCGAGGACGUCACUCCAGCCAUGCUCAACCUGCACCCAGGGGAAGCCAUCGCAGCCAACUGCGCUCUCCGCCUCUCCCAACUCCUCGACGAAUCAGAGCAGCCCAAUGCUGCUGCCAACCCUGCCACCGCAGCUAGCGCGGUCUUCGCCAAGCCUGUCACCGCACCUGGUUCCGAGCCUGGUUCCGAGCCUGGUUCCGAAGCAGUGGGAGCAGCAGUCGGUGCGGAUGUGGACAGGAGGGCGGACAUUGACGGGGCGUAUCUAGACAGGUCGUAUCUGGACGGCUCAGAUUCAAACAGGGCAUAUCUGGACGGCUCAGAUCCAAAUAGGGCAUACCUGGACGGCUCAGAUCCAGACAGGUCGUAUCUGGCGAAGGCAGAUUCGGACGAAUCCCCGCGCAUGAGAGUGCUGAGAACGAUUCGGAUGCUGAGGCCCAAGGUGGUGACGGUGGUGGAGCAAUACAGCAACCACUCCUCGCCCUUCUUCCUCGCGCGGUUCUACGAGGCUCUCUACUAUUAUGCAGCGCUGUUUGAGUCGAUUGACGCUUCUUUGCCAAGAGAUGAAGUCGCAAGACGAGUGUUUGAAGAGCAGGUGAGUCCCGUUGCUUGCUGGUCGUUGUGUGGGAGUUUGCUUUGCCCCAAGGUGGUGAUGGUGGUGGAGCAAUACAGCAACCACUCCUCGCCCUUCUUCCUCGCGCGAUUCUAUGAGGCGCUCUACUAUCAUGCGGCACUGUUUGAGUCCAUUGACGCGGCGCUGCCUAGAGAUGAAGUGGCACGACAAGUGUUUGAGGAGCAGGUGCUAGGCCGGGCAAUUGUGAAUCUGGUGGCGUGCGAAGGGCAGGAGAGGGUGGAGAGGCAGGAGCCGUUGGAGCAGUGGCAGCAGCGGAUGCUCAGAGCGGGGUUCAAGCCACGGGGGCUGAGCGAAGGGGUGGUUACCACCCUGCAUGCACUGUUACAAACGUACAACAAGGUGGGGCAUGACGUGCGGAGAGUAGACGAAGCGAGCGUGGUGCUGACGUGGAAAGGCAACCCGCUGUUGGCUAUGAUGGCAUGGGAACCGCAGGAGUGA